AUGGAUGCAUACAGUGUGAUCAAUGCCGCCUCCGAAAGAUUCGAUGCGAUAAGCGCACCCCAUGUUCAAACUGCCGAAGUUCCGGCAUCGUCUGCCGAUCUACCGGCGAAGGCCAGAAGCCAUCAGAGCCCCGGCGGCGGCGAGAAAAAGAUCGAUUUGAUCGAGGAACGCCUGGCAAGCAUUGAAAGUACUCUUCAACAGCUAGCAAAAAACACAUUUCAGCCACAAGGCCUCACAGCACCAAACUGGAGCGGGUCUCAUUUCGCCCCUUCGCCUCAGAAGUCAACCCCUUCGCAGCCGCCAUCUACUACACCGAACUCUGCAAAGACUAAGGGCCCUUUGUAUCUAGCCAAUCGUACCCUCGAGGAGCACGAUUCCAGCGCUGGAUUCGAGGGCAGCUCAUCUCUUACUGCCCAUGGGGCCUACGCGAGCGCGUUCCUUGAGUCUGCUGUGUCCCAAAGCUCGCCGCAGGUUUUGUCGAGUCCGAAGAUCACCGCGGCUCUCUCGUCGCUAAAGCAACUUGUCGGGAUCCAGAACCAGCGGCGAGAAGCGGAUUUGCAGGGGAAUCAACCUCUCACCAAUAAUGCAAGGUUGGGCGUGAGACGCGACAUUCGUGAUCUGGAGAUGCCGCCUCUGCCAGUGGCUCUGGAAAUUUUGCGAAAGAUUCAAGGUACGGUUCAUUCCAAUCAGACGUUUACAGUUGUGCUUACUUACCUAGAAAAACCAUCGGCCAUGUUUGGUGGCUACGUCCCCUUCCUCAGUGUGAAAUAUUUCACUGAAAAAUGCCGCGAAGUUUACUUCUGCAUAGACGAUUACUCCGAUGCGGCAUUUAUUGUAACUAACUUUUCUCUGUACAGCGUUUUCCACGAAUAUGGGGACAUGGGGAAAGACGUCAGUAUGCGAGAAGAGCGCCAGCACUACAUUGAGAUGUGUCGCAACAACCUGGAGACAGCACUUGCCAAUUUGAAUAUUCUGAUGCCUGCAAACCAUGAAUCGAUCAUCGCGUUAUCUCUAGGAACUAUGCAUGCACUCGAGAUUUCCAAACCAUCCGUUGCCUGGACGCUAGCAUCAACGGCGAUGAAUCUCUGCCAGACACUGGGAUAUCAUCGCUUUACUUCAAUGGAGCACGACCCCGUACCAGUCCAACGCCAAAAGCAGAAUCUAUUCUGGACUAUCUACACAAUUUUGAAUAUGAUGUCCCUGCGUCUAGGACGUGCUUCAUCCGUCCAGAACCACGAUAUCAGCCUACCGAUGCUAGAGGAAAACCCAGCAGAUAUCCGUCAGCCAUGGGGACCCGUCUGCUUUUGGUGGACUAGAUCGGCAAUUAUCCAAAGUGAAAUUUACCAAUAUUUGUAUAGCCCAGAGGCCCUGCAGAAACCGGAAAGUGAACGAGUCACACAUGCGCACAGAUUGGCCGCUGAGAUGCAGUCGAAGGUUAUGGAGCCAUUUGAGAAAUUCAUGUCGUUGGAUCUUAAAGUAUCCGAUAUAGACCUCAUGUAUCUCACAACCGACAAGAUUAGUCGGCUGGCCAUCAUGACCUUGAUCUACCGAGCAAUCCCAGCAUCAACAGACUCAGGUCGUGGCGCUACCUUCAUACCCGAAUGCAUUGAGACAGCACGGGAAGCCCUGGAAACCCACCGCGAGUGCGUUGCAGCACUCAACGAGACAGAAGAUUCCCUGAAAAUAUCCUACAUGCACUGGGGCGUCCUCAUAUCCCCCUUCGUCCCCUUCAUUGUAAUAUUCUGCAACGUAAUAACAACCUCCAACGGUGACGAUCUCGCCCUACUCGAAGAGUUCAUCGCCUCCCUCCAACCGCUAACCACCUUCUCUCAAUCUAUCGAACGAUUACACACCCUUUGCUCAGUGCUCGGCACUGUCGCCCGCCUUUACUUCGAAGCCAACACCCGGACCCAAGCAGCCGCAGACCAAGAAAAUCUCAUCGAGGUUGGUCAGGAAUUCGAUGUUUAUCUCAGUGCGCUCGGACUGGCGCCUCCAACUCAUAUGAAUCCUCUGAACAGCGAUAAUUCCCAGAUGGUAAACUCGCAGGGAUAUUCCCAGGCAGAGAACCCUGCUAUGCAUAUUAGUUCAGCGGAAUUGUCGCAGCAUGUGGGUGGUUUCUCGGCGCCGGUUGAUUCAACUCAAGCGACGGGACAGGAUUUGGGGACUGCUGCGCAAUUGGGGAAUUGGUUCUGGGGGAAUCAGUACAUGAUGGGGCUUUUGGAGGAGGAUCUGUCGCAGUUCAAUCCGGGAAGGCCGUGA